UUUACCCUUGCGACUUCUUUCUUCUCUCUCUCUUUCCGGCUCUCCCUCUAUCCCAACCCGUUAUCCUUUUUCUGAAAUCCUUUCGACAACCUCUGCGAUUUCCGGCCGACGCCCUGCUUCCCGUUCAAAGAACAGUAACAGCCUCCACUCCCAUACGCCUCGAAGCCCAUCGCCUUCGCAGAAGUCUACCUCUCUCAUCCCCUCGACGAUCAAGAAUUGGGGGUAGGGUUAGGGUUAGGGUUCCUCCGCUUCUUGGAGCCCCGAACCGAUCCCGGAGGAAUUUCAGGAUAUCCGUUCUCUUCGAUUCCACAUUCGUGGGGUAUCGGCGGUCGUAGUUCUGGAAGCGGUCCAAGAAUCCGAUGAGAUGGCGAAGCCCGAAGGGGAUCAGGGGGGGCUCAAUCACAACCGUGCCCCCGCCGACCGGCUCCAUCGCCCCAGCGUCUCGCAGUCCAAGUCGGUGUGCGAGACAGUGAAUGGAUCGCACCGGUACACAGUGAAGGGAUACUCCCUGGUGAAGGGGAUGGGCUUCGGGAAGUACAUAACCAGCGACACCUUCAGCGUCGGCGGUUACCAGUGGGCGGUCUACUUCUAUCCUGAUGGCAAGAACCCUGAGGACAACUCCCUCUACGUGUCGGUGUUCAUCGCCCUUGCAAGCGAGGGCACCGAUGUGAGGGCGCUGUUCGAGCUCACCCUGCUCGACCAGAGCGGCAGGGGGAAGCACAAGGUGCAUAGCCACUUCGAUCGGGCGCUGGAGGGGGGGCCCUACACUCUCAAAUAUCGGGGGAGCAUGUGGGGUUACAAGCGUUUUUACAGAAGGACAGCAUUGGAAACAUCACAUUACCUUAAGGAUGAUUGUCUAGUCAUGCAUUGCACAGUGGGUGUUGUUAGAAAUCGCAUUGAAACAGCAAGGCAAUUUUCUAUUCCUGUGCCACCACCGGACAUGGGUAAGUGUCUUAAGGAGCUGUUGGAAUCUGGCAUGGGCUCUGACAUUGUUUUCGAGGUUGGUGAUGAGACAUUCAAAGCUCAUAAGAAGAUUCUUGCUGCUCGCUCGCCUGUAUUUAAUGCCCAAUUCUUUGGGCUAAUUGGGGAUCCAAAGAUGGAUAGAGUGGUUGUGGAAGAUGUUGAACCUCCUGUUUUCAAGGCCAUGCUUCUAUUCAUAUACUCAGAUGGAUUUCCAGAUGUUCAUGAACUGACUGGAUCAGUUUCUCUGUGCACAUCCACAAUACUGGUGCAGCAUCUAUUGGCAGCAGCUGAUAGAUAUGGUCUAGAUCGGUUGAGGAAGUUAUGUGAAUCAAAGUUGUGUGAAGAACUGACUGCUGAUACUGUAGCAGCGACUCUGGCCCUUGCAGAGCAACACCAGUGUUCUCACUUAAAAUCCGUCUGCCUAAAAUUUACAGCUGCUCGAGAGAACUUGGGAGUUGUUAUGCAGACUGAAGGAUUUAACUACUUGGAGGAGACGUGCCCCUCGCUACUUUCAGACCUGUUGGCAACUGUCGCUGAGGCAGAUGAUGAGCCCAGUCUGAUCUGCCGGAAGAGGAGCAGCAGCAGCAACAUAGGGCUUAAUUUAGCUGACAGUGUUGAUCUGAACGGGGGAAGGCGCACGCGGAGGCAGAUGUAACUUGCAACUGAUUAUAACCCUGUCCAUAGUCUUGUAAAUCUUGCUGCCUUUUGCACCACAAGACUCAUGUGACUGUUCUGAUAUGUACAUUUGUGUGACGCAGCAUUCCUGAUUAAAUUUGAUUUGGAUUUUAGUGACAUAUCAAUAAUUAGCCUAUCAUAAUUAAUCGACAUAUAUGUUGGUGAAUCAAGCAAAACUUUUUGAGUAUCUUAGUUAUGAGGGUUUUUGAGCCAAGGUUGUUAGUGAACUGAGCAAAAUUGUGCUGAUGUGUGUACCUUAUGACUCGUAUGACCAGGUUCCAUGUAGUCAGCGGCCUACCCUACCAAAAACUUCUCUGCAGGUACGGAGCCUGGAGACCUACCCGAUCCUGUUGCAGACGCAGCUGAAGGUGUCAUUGAUGUGUUGGUGCAUGAAUGCAGAGAUGUGGACUUGUCGUUGCAGCAAUUCAGAGGUGGAUCGGAAUGGUUGCUUGUUUGAGUUCCUGCCGUAUACAUGCUUACAGAUUGUUGGUGGCGAACUUGGCAUGUCUUGUCUUCCAUCAAGGCCGCAUGGACAACUUAUAGCUAGUGUUCUGCAGCAACUUAUACUGGGUUUGUGCUAGUAGAGCUGAUCUUGAAACGGAUAUUAACUAAUUGCCUCUAGUGGUUCUUUCCCCCAGCGGGGAAACGAAGUUGCUUGAGCUCAGCAGCUAGCUAGCGGAGACCUUGAGGCCAUGCCAAGACAGCCAGAUGAGGUGGAGAUUUUCCGGAGGUGUUGUUGAUGCUUGAAAGAAGCACAAAGCUUGAAGUCGGUGGAGAGCACUGCUUCCGGCGGUUAGUCAGCUCCGGAAUUCCAAGCAGUGCCGAUUCUAUUAUUCGAUUGAGUGGGCGGUGAUGGCCCCUUUCGACAUGAGGAGUGGCAAGCUUCUUCCAACCUACCAAACGACUAGUGAAAACAGCAUAAAGAUCCCGUCUUCAAGUCACAUUCCGAUCGCUGUCGUUCUCAACGGGAGGGUUUUCCACGCUCGAUCCUACAUGGUACCAGUUUCCAAUUUUCGGAAAUUCACGCAUAUUCCCACUCCGCCGGGCCGAUAACUUCCCUUCGACGGGUUAUCGUGGCCCAUCUUUCUCUGGUGCACGACGUUUUAGGAAAGUCCUGGUCAGGAACGCUCGGGCCACCACGUGGGAUCAGACGUGUCCGCCGUACCUCGGGAAAUGAUACGGCCCAGGGCUCACAGCCGCCCUAAGGAGGGAGAGGAAGAGAUUGACGGAGUUCGCUUGAAACGGGCGGUGGGUAAGGAGGGAGAGGAAGAGAUAAGUGGAGAAGAAAAGGAGAAAGAGGAAAUGGAGGAAGACGGGAAGGAGAGAGAAGGUGGUGUUGAUGUGGGGUUCCUCCCCGGUUUGUGGCCGACUGGAUGCCGGAACCCCUGGACGGACAUGAAUGGAGGAACGUCUGCGGCACUGGAUGUGGUUUUGCCAUGGCCGUCUCCGACACGGAUGGUUGGCAUAAGCCUUCUUGGUUACAGUGAUGUUGAGUCCUUCGAUCCUUUGAUGCCGUUUUGCUGGAGUCUUUUAUACUGGAGAAAAACACAAGCCACAUUCACCUGUUGGCCGAUAUAAUUUGGCAAAUUUGUUAUGGAGAGUCCCAAGUCACAGAUUUCAAUAAUGAAUAGCAAUAUGACAUCUGUUUAUGUCAGCUGAGGUGGUGAUGAGAGCUCAAAGAAUAGGAGAUUAUCUUCAGCUAAAGCGGGAUUUGAAUACGCAAAUAUCAGGAUUAAUAUGUGUAGUCAUGGUAGAAAAGAUGGAGAAAGAGCAAAGUGUAAUGUUGAAGAUGAGGUACACUGCAAUAUGGGAAACUGUUUUUAAUUUCUCUUUCCAUUCUGCAGUGGAUUUAUAUUGCAAUGCCCAGAAAAUGGACUCAAUUGACUCACUGUUGCUUUUGUCUCAUUUUCUGCCUUCCCCUCUGAUUUUGUUAUUCUGGUCCAGUGCAGGCAAGGAAGUACAGAUGAUGAGCUGAAUCCAGGAUGCAUGUCAACUAUUUUGGGUGUCAAGAUACAAGGGAUUGCUGCUGGGUUUAUGGCACAGUAUCUGCACAUCUGUUGAUGUUGUGUAUACUCUUUUGGUGGGAAUCAGUUUGGACAACUGGGGACAGGUUCUGAUCAGGCUGAGCUGCCGAGGUAUAAUCUUUGUGAGAACUCCGACUGGAACUGAUUCGUUAUUCUUCUUCAGUGUGUGGUGAGUGAGAUAGAAAAGCUUUGGCUGCCAAUCGGUUAAUGCAACAAGGCCUGAACCCCCCAGCUUGUUUCCAAACUCCAAUAUGAAAAUUCAAAUUCAUGAGUGACAUAAAUAUGGUUGCCAGAUGCUGAGCCUGAUCAUCCUUAUUUUCAGUAUCUGAGACCCUUGUUUUGGGAAAACAUGAAUGUUAUUCUACCUUUCUUUUGAGCGAAGAUAUUAAUGCAACCAUUCUUGAAAUGCUCCUGUAUGCACUCGUCCCAAGCCACUGGAUGCUUCAUGUUUAGAAAACAAGAAUGAUCACAGGUAAACCUUGCACAGCACGCCAUAGUGCAAUGAUCACAGGUAAACCUUGUACCAUCUUAUCGUUGUCCAUGUGGAUAAUCCCUGGGAAUUCCUAGUUACAUUCAGUUAUCCACCACUUUUUAUUCAUUGCCGUAUGUAUUAAAUAUAUAAAUUUGUAUUCUCUAAAUAAAAUCUUGUCAGCCGCUGGAGUUGUAGUGCUGGUUUAGUAUGAUUAAGUUAUAUGAUUAAUUAAUAAAUAACGUUAUCUAUUCCCAACACAAUACAGAAUUUUCAUAGCUUUAUUUGGCCUUCUAUGUUAUUGUUGAGGUUCUGAUUUUUGAUUAUUUGGUGGUGCAUCCCUGAAAAAUCUAGACCUGGGUAAGGUAGGUCUCUCUCUCUCUCUCUCUCUCUCUCUCUCACAUUCAUGCAUGCGCGCCCACAAAAAGCAGCUGUAAUACUCUUAGCUCUCAUUAUUGGCAUUUUCAUUCUGUUACAGUUACUACUAUUAGUAUUCCAGUGGUCAGAGCAGAAGCCAUAACUCUCCAGCAUUUUGUAUUUGGUAUCACAGCGGUUACUGCUGGUGGUGUUUCUGCCGUCAGCGUUGCAGCAGCAGCAGCAUCAAAGGGGCAGCCAGUCAACACAGCUGGUGCCAUUCUGACCAUCAUAAUAUUCUUGGAACCUUUAGCCAAAAACCUAAGCGACUUGGUUUCCAUUGUUGCAGAGGAUGGGAGGUGUUUUGCUGGGGUUGGAACAAGUAGGACCAGCUUGGCCUGGGAGAUGCAAUUGACAGAAACCUAUCUUGUCCGGUACCGGCUGAGACAUACCACCCUACUCGUGUAUCCUGUGGCUGGUGGCAUACGAUGGUGCUAGCUGAAUCUCAUACUUGUCUGAUUCUCUCAAGGAUUUGUUUCCUUCAUAGAUUUUGUUAGGAGUUUGUAGAUUUCACCCAGAACAAUACAUUUAUCUGCUGCUCAGUAUAUGCAUUUGCCCAUGCAUGUAGUCACUCUUUUCGGGGUAUCAGAAUGCUCUGCAGUGUGUACUUGGUUUUUUUCCCUUUUGUA